GCUAGGGUUGGCGGAGGUGGGUGCGCGAGAAUGAUGGACAGCAGGGCGCUCGAGCACCCGCCGCACGCCGCGUUCGGAGGCUCGCUGGGCGGCGGCGUGGUCGGCCUGGGCUUCCCCUACCACCACCACCAUCACCACCACCACCACCUCGGACACCGCCACGUGUACGAGCUGCCUGGCCACGCGCUGCCCUCCGCCGCGGCCGCGGCCGCCGCCGCCGCAGCCGCCGUGCCCUUCUCCAUAGACGGAUUACUCAACGGCUCGUGCUCGGUGGGCUCCGGGCCGCUGCUUGCGUCCGCCUGCGGGGUCAGCGGGGACGGCCAGCAGUACAAACUGUCCGACGCCGGCGACCCGGACAAGGAGAGUCCAGGCUGUAAACGGAGGCGAACGCGCACGAACUUCACGGGCUGGCAGCUGGAGGAGCUAGAGAAGGCGUUCAGCGAGAGCCACUACCCGGACGUGUUCAUGCGCGAGGCGCUGGCGCUGCGCCUGGACCUGGUCGAGUCACGUGUGCAGGUGUGGUUUCAGAAUCGGCGGGCAAAAUGGCGGAAAAAAGAGAACACCAAGAAAGGGCCGGGGCGACCGGCGCACAACUCCCACCCGACCACCUGCAGCGGCGAGCCCAUGGACCCCGAGGAGAUCGCGCGGCGGGAGCUGCAGCGCCUGGAGAAGAAGAAGCGGAAGCAGGAGCGCAAGCUGCUGCGCUCGCAGAGCAAGCUCUCGGCCGGGGAGCUCCUCCACACGCCCGGCUCGGACAGCGACAGCGGCGUGUCGCAGAGCACCGACAGCGAGGCGGCAGCGGCUCAGCACCCCGCGGCCCCUCCUCACCCGCUCCCUCACCACAGCCCGCACCACCACCACCAAAGAGCCAGCGCCGCCCCCGAGCUGGCGGGAGCUCGGAAACCAGAAGCGGGGAGCUCCCCGCGGAACUCGGACGGCGACGUCACGCGGCCUUCAGCCUUUCAUAAGCUCAGCCCGUUCAGCGUGGAGAGCCUGCUGGCCGACUCGAGUCCCAGGCGGAGGCCCGCGCUGGACUUCCCUCAGCCGCCACCGCCUCAGAGACCCGUGGUGGGCAAAGGCCACUUCCUGCUGUACCCCAUCACCCAGCCUUUGGGCUUUAUGGUGCCGCAGACCGCCGCCAAAGCGGGCGACCCCGGCCACAGGUGGUCCUCCGCAGAAGACUCCAACUCCAACCAAACCAGCUUUACGCACUCGGACCCGGAAAACGCGCCAAAACAUAAACAUCACGCGAGCAGCGCUGAGGAGAAAGCGCGGGAAAGCUGUUUCAAUCAAAACGUAACUCCCACAGUCAGCUCAAACGAAACAACAGGGGGGUCCUCCGAGGUUAGACCACCACAGACAGAGGUUUCAGACGGAGGGGAGUCGGAUGUGACGCAGCAGGACGAAAAAGACUCGAGAACACAGGAAAACGCGAACGGAGAAGAAGCAGACAUGGACUGAAAGUGACAGAAACAUGGUGGACCUGUUCACAUUCCCAAAGCUAAUCAACACGCGGCUUUUUUCUACACCAGACUGUUUGAACUCCUUUUUUUAAAAAAAAAAAAAUCGUUUUUCUCUCUCUCUCUCGCUCUCUGAGAAAGGAUAUUCUUCCUUCAGGUGGAUUAUAGUUUUUUCCCGUUGUUCUGACUCGAUUGAACAGGCCUAGUUGUGUCUACUAGGCCAAGACUUUUUCCUGAGGGGGGAACAGAAAACGCAGUCGGGACGUUGAACAACGUGAAAUCCUCAAACAUUGUACAAACGAUGAAGUAUCAAAGAUAUUUAUAUAUGUAACGUUUUCAUAAAUAAUAAAAAAAAGUAUUGUAAAAGAA